AUGUCGUGGCCUGAGAUUCAGGCCCCCAGCCAGCCAGGCAUCAAGCGGAACCUCCAGGGGGACGUGAUGUGUGUGCACGGAGUCUUCAACUAUCAGAAGCCCACAGUGGAAAGGACGCUGGUACGCAACGGGAAGCUGUACACCAACCGCGAUACGUCAGGCAGCGAUGAUCAGAUCUGUGGGGCGCAGUGGUCCAGCGAGGAGCUGGUGGUGCGAAACGCCCGACUGGAGGAGCCGUUUCAGCUGGAUCUGCAGGGCUUCGAGCUGCACAGGUGCCCCACCGCCGUGGCCUACGAGGACUUCUUCCUGGAGGAAAACAUCCUGCGGCGGUAUUAUCCCGAGGUGGUGGGGCUCGUGAAGAAAGCCACCGGCGCCAAGUACGUGAUCCCCUUCGAUCACAACAUCAGGUCCGCCAGCGGCAAGUCCAGCGAGAAGCAGAUCUCCGGGGGGGCCAAGGUGCAAGCUCCAGCGGGGCUGGUGCACAACGACUACACCUUGACCGGGGGGCCGUUGCGCUUCGAACUGCUGGCACAGCCCCCGAAAAUCAACGACAGCGUCAAGGACGCAGGCCCGGCGAUUCCAAAGGAGGUCUACGACGCGGGGCGCAAGGGGCGCUGGGCGAUCGUCAAUGCCUGGCGGAAUAUCCGGGACAGACCUGUGGAAGUCUACCCUUUUGCGUUGAUGGAUGCGCGCACGGCGUCUCAGAAGGAUCUUUGUGUUUUGGAGAUCCGCUAUGCCGAUCGGAUCGGGGAGAACUACUUUGCAGCAAGCUCGCCGGAGCACCGGUGGUAUUACUAUCCUGGCAUUGCCCGAGAGGAGGUGAUCCUAUUGAAGCAGUGGGAUUCAGAGGGGUGGCUACAUGGAGGCCAAAAAUCCAACUUCACCUUGCAUUCCGCCUUCAAAGAUCCUACGAGCCCCGAAGAAGGAGAGGAUCGCGUCUCCUGCGAGGUGCGCUGGUUUGAUCAAUCCUGGGAAGCUAUGGAGACGUUCCAGCCGGCGCCAGAGGGCAUCUUGAUCAUGAUGCUCGCACUGCAACCGCCAGAGCUUUCGCCGGCGACCUGCCUGGACCUCCAGUCUUUGCUUCACCUGUGGUCGGCCCUCCGCUUCGCCACGAGCUCCGUGCUGCAGAGCUGCGCCUGGUGCAUGCCGAGCCUUGCCUGGCACUGCAUGAGGCUUUUGCUGCGUUGGCUGGAAGGCGGCGCUUUGGGCGCGACUGCCAUUGCGAACCUCCUGCGCCACGCUGAAACUCUGCAGGGCCCGCUGCGCCGCGCGCGAUGCAGCGCCAAGUGGGCGCUGAGCACGCUUGCUGUGACCAGAACUAGACUCAUCUUCCAAAGUCUGCUCGCUGAAAAGCGGCUCUUUGACGCCGAGCUGUCCAUGGCCGGCAUUUUCGAGAUCUCCACCGGCGCGCAAGCGAGGCUCCUGGAGGGCCUCCAGCAGGCGCCGCUGGCGCUGCUGCCGGCGGUGCUGACGGAUGAGGGCUGCGCCCUGCGCCCCGAACGCUUGAACUGGUCCGACUGGAAAGAGUUUCUGGCGCACUGCCCCUGCUUUUGGCUCAACACCACCGCCGAGGCUUUGUGGAGCUCCGUUGAAUGCUUCGGCCACGGGGAUUCCGUGGAGCUCAGCUGGGAGGUGAGCCACUCGCAGGUGCCGAGCCUUUGCCACUUCGGAGGUGGCGAGAGCGGCCGCCUCUUCGAAACCGCGGCGGGGCGGCAGGACCUCACAGUGUCGCUCUGGAUCUCCUCCAGCGACCUCAGCGCACAUCUGCACUUUACCAGAGAGGGUUGGCCGCUGCGUUUGAACUGCAUCGUCCUGGGCUCCGACAUGCGCGCCAUGAAUUUCUUCGGCUCCAUGGGCCGAGUGGCCGUGGAGCCGGGCGAGUGUCCGGUGGCGGAGGCGCUGCUGGUGGGCCAGCGGUCCCUGGUGAAGAGGGCGGCAACAGAAAGUUUCGAGACUCUGGCUGCCGACGCCCGGGACUUCCUGCGGCAAUGUGGCGAGGUUUAG